UCGCCCCCGGGUCGGGUCGGGGGGCGGUCGUCCGGAGUUUUUCUUCUUCUUCUUCUUCUUCCUCACUGAAUAAACACACCGUGUUCCCGCACGACGCUCCGCCGGUAAGCCCGCAGCGGCGGUUCAUGAGCCUCCUCCUCACGCAAACCAGAGAAUCAUGGCAACCGACGAGAACGAAAUGAUGCACCGGGGGGGAAAUAACGGAGAUGUGGAGGUCCCGCCCCGUGGGGGCAGUCGGAGGAGAGAGAAGGAGCCCCUCAACAUGAACCACUAUGCCAACAAGAAGAGCAUGGCCGAGAGCAUGCUGGACGUGGCUCUGCUCAUGGCCAACGCCUCCCAGCUGAAGGCCGUGCUGGCACAGGGGUCCAGCUUCAGCUUCUACGUGCCCCUCGUCACUCUCAUCAGCCUGUCGCUCAUCCUGCAGAUCCUGGUGGGAGUUCUGCUCAUCUUUAUAGUGAAGUGGAAUCUAAACGAUGAGAAGAUGCACUACAAGCUGAACCUCAUGGAAAACUUCGCCACGGCGUUCGUCUUCAUCAUUGUGGUCGUGAACGUCUUCAUCACGGCGUUUGGAGUUCAGCUGUCCAACCAGUGAACCCAUUAUUAUCCUCCGCAGAGGAAGGGGACGUUUAUAUCCAGAUGCCAAGCAGGAGCAUUUUCUUUUCUGUAAUUUAGCUUCCCGGGCUCGAGGAGGGCCGAGCGUACUCUGAGGAUCAAGUUUUACGGUCGUGUGUGUUUGCGUGUGUUAGAGAAUAUCCAAAGAUGACUAACGAUGAACAACUUUAGAGCGGUCACUUCUUAUUUCUUGUGAACAUUACCUCAGGUUCCCGAAUGCAAAGAAAUGCUUUCCUGGUUAAUUUUCUUUUAAAACGAACCUCAGGGGCGCCGACUCAUCACAACGGUUUCUUGACAGAUUCUGAUUUUUUUCAAUGUGCCUCAUCUAGACAGAAGAAUACGUUAUAACCCAUAAACAUUUAUGACAAGGCCUUCAGGACUUCCCGUUCCCUUAAUGCUGCAUGACGUGUUACAAUGCCUACUGUAAAGCUGUAAGAUAAAAGUCACCUACUGUUUACAGUGUUUCAAACCUCUACCGAUUAAUGAAGUGAACCUUAUUACUUUAUAUUUGAGUGCUAUGCAAAGUCUGCUGUGUAAUAUUUAAAGUCACUAACAUGUUAGUUAAUGUCUGUCAGUGUUUAUGGAUUAAGUUAUAUAUAUAUAAAUGUCUUUUUUUUAAAUCACUUUUUUAAAGGACCAAAGUUUUCUUAGCUCUUAUCAUAUAGCCUUGUUUGACACACUGUGACAAGUAUUUUAAGCAAUCUUUAUAAAUAAAACAAA